AUGGAGGGUCAUCUUUGUGCUGACACUGCUGCUUGGUGUCUCUAUGCUAAGCUGAAGGCGUGGAGGCCGCCGUCGGAAUCGUGUAGGCUAUUGGCUCCGGUGGUGAUCAAGCUCCACUACACCGUGUUGCACUUUCACGGAGGUCGAGUGAUGCAGGAACCGCCGUGCCCCUACCACUGCUACGUGUUCACUCUCGGGGAGUUCCUCCACCAUGAAUCUCGCGGCCUGGCGAUCUCGUUCCUUCUCUUUCACGGAGGCGCCUACGGCCGUGAUUUCCAUGCCGCUAGGCAGUUGGAGGAAGAACUCUUCACCUUCUGCAAUGGCCCAGUUGAGUCGGCUCUCAACGUGGGCAGAGGGAUCGAGAUCACCGUCGGCAUCCGCUUCGACCGGCACUGGAUCGGAUUGGAGCCUUCUUUCGUCGUCGGCGGGGGUUUCGGCGGUGUGCCGGCGUCGUCGGAUGCAGCGAAGGAGCUGGUGGUGGUGAAGUACGAGCGUGGUGGAGAUGUCCGAGAGGAGAGUUGCAGGAUCUGCUUGGAAGAGUUCGACGAGGGCGCCGAGGUGACGCAGAUGCCAUGCACGCACGCCUUCCAUGGCGGCUGUCUCGCUCGAUGGUUGGAGAGCAGCCACAUCUGCCCUCUCUGCAGACACGCCAUAGCCGAUUCCGCUGGUCCCUGA